GAAGCGUGGGGUCCUGCACAGAGAAGAUACUAGUAGUUAUGGCGGCCGGGGCUGCAUGAUGGUGCAGGAGGGACCCUGUGUUUCGGCGGCCUUUUCUGCGAUUGAACUCUUGAAUAAACGGUGGGACGUCCGCAGUUCAGUAGGGAAGGAAUUCCCCUCGACAAAACUCAUGAAGCAAUGAAUCUGGACUCGUUGUCGCUGGCCCUGUCUCAAAUCAGUUACGCUGUGGCGAAUCUGAGCAAGAAGAACUUCAAGUCGAGCGUUGCGGAAAUCUCUCGUCUUGUUGAUCAACACGGGCCUGAGGCAGAUCGUCACUUGUACCGUUGCCUCUUCUCACAUGUGGAUUUCAGUGGGGAUGGUAAAAGUGGUGGAAAAGACUAUCACCAGACACAGCUGCUGAUACAAGAGUGUGAAACCCUGAUAACAAAGCCUACCUUUGUGUCUACAUUGUGCUACGCUGUAGACUUCCCCCUCCACCAUCAAAAAAGUUUAAAGCCGUCUGUGCAGCUUUUUCCUCAGCUGACCAAGGUUCUCAAACUCAACAAAAUCCAGGAGGUUGUGUUUGGGCUUGCAUUGUUAAAUUCGUCCAUUCUAGAGGUUCGAAACUACGCCGCCCAGUUUGUGAAACAGAAACUUCCUGAUCUGCUCAGAACCUUCACUGAUCCUGACCUGAACAGUGGUUCUGAGGAAAGUUUGAACGACAUCGCUAUCCAGGUGCUCCAUUUGCUGCUCAUCCAUUUACACGGACCCAAGGACAAGUUUGGAAUCGGCGCUGAGCAGAAGGAAGCAUUCAUAGCUAUCCUAAAACAAGAUUUCCCCAACGAGAGGUGUCCGGUGGUUCUGACACCUUUCCUGUACCCAGACAAACAGGACAUCACGAUAGAGCGACUGGUUAGUCAAGGAGAGUCAAGCACUGUGCCAAGAGAUAUGAUGGAGGGUUCUUUGGCUGAAUUGAUGCAAGAAGUUGGAUAUGGCUGCUGUGCCAGUGUUGAAGAAUGUAGGAACACCCUGCUGCAGUUCGGUGUCCGUGAGGUCACCCCUGCGGUGGUGGCCCGGGUUCUGGGGAUGAUGGCUCGCACACAUGUCGGGCUGUCAGACAGCAUUCCGCUACAGUCCCUGACCAGCCCAGGAGGCAGUAUAUGGAGUGAAGGGAAGGACAAGUCGGAGGGCGGCCAGGCCCAGUCCUGGUCCGUGGAUGUCUUCGUAGAUGUGCUGCAGGAUCUGGCUCCCCACCUGAACUGGCGAGAGGUGAUAUUUGAGCUGGACCACCCCGGGUUGCUUAUAAAGGAUUCCCAGGGGCUACGGCUCCUCACCUCUGCCCUCACCAGGGCCCUGGCCAAUCAGGACGUCUUUCCCAUUGACCUGAUGUAUCGCCAGUGGAAGAACACAGAGGGACAGCUAUCGUGGUUCCAAGUGGCUCUAUCCAGCCCAGACGUGUUCUGUUUUGCUGAUUUCCCCUGUCACCAAGUCGUCAUCGACAUCUUAAAGUCUCCGCCUGAUGAUGAAAACAGAGAAAUAGCCACCUGGAAGUCCCUAGACUUGAUAGAAACUCUGCUGCGGCUGUCCGAGCUGGGUCACUACGACCAGGUCAAAGGUCUCUUCAACUUUCCCAUCAAGCACUGCCCAGACAUGCUGGUCCUGGGGCUACUGCAGGUCAAUCCCAAUUGGCACACCCUUCGUCACGAGUUGAUCUCCACCCUGAUGCCCAUCUUCCUGGGCUCCCACCCCAACUCCGCCAUCGUCCUGCACUACGCCUGGCAUGGCCAGGGACAGAGCCCCUCCAUCCGCCAGCUCGUCAUGCACUCCAUGGCUGAGUGGUACAUGAGGGGAGAGGCACACGACCAACAGAGGCUCUCCAGGAUCCUGGAUGUGGCUCAGGACUUAAAGGCACUCUCCAUGCUGUUGAACGGCACUCCCUUUGCCUUCGUCAUCGACCUCGCCUGCCUGGCUUCGCGCCGCGAGUACCUCAAGCUGGACAAAUGGCUGACCGAUAAGAUCCGUGAGCACGGCGAACCCUUCAUCCAGGCCUGCGUGACCUUCCUGAAGCGCCGCGUGCCCCAGGUCAUGGGAGGACCGCCCCCCGACAAGGAACCGCCCAAGUCAGCACAGCUUCCUCCGGAAACCAUAGGUACCAUGCUAGCCUGCCUGCAGGCCUGCGCCAACAACGUUUCGCAGGAGUUGUCGGAGACGAUCCUGACGAUGGUGGGGAACUGCAGCCAGAUCCUGAACAAGGCGAGACAGCCGCCGCCCGGAGCAGCGAAUGUUUCCAUCAAGCAGCGUCCGCCCAGCGGACUGCCUCCCACCUCGGGCCUGGAGAACAUCUCACCUGUCAUCACAUCACAGCCGCACCUGUCCCCAGGUUGGAAGGGCGAUGACCUCCCGUACGUGUCCCAGAUCGACCCUCUGGCUGGAAUAUCCUCCUUAUCCCUGAGCGGGAACUCUGGAGCCGGAACUAUCGGACCAGGACCUCUCGCUCCGGGGAACAUUGGGGGAGGACCAAUCGGAUCGGGUACGAUCGGAUCGGGAACAAUCGGGUCGGGGGCCAUCGGAACGGGCAGUAUUGGUCCAGGGAGUAUCGGACCGGGGAGUAUCGGCCCGGGGAGCAUUGGACCAGGUCCCAUCGGUGGUGGAUUUCAGUCGGCAAACCCGCUUGCUGCGUCGUUUGCGCCGCCGCAGUCUCCACAGAAGCAGUUCCCGGUUUCGCGGGACCAGUUCCCACCCUUCUCCAGUUCAGGACAGACUUCGUUUUCCUCCAUGGGCAGCCUCACGUCACAAAUGCAAGGACUGGGAUCCAGCAGUUCCAGUGGGGGGAUACCCUCCUCCAACCCCCUGGCGGCUGCCUUCGCACCCCCUCCGACCUCCCAGAAGGACUCAUCCAGUCGUGACCAGUUCCCCCCUCUCUCCACGUCCGCGGGGCAGACUCCCUUCUCGUCCAUGGGAGGGUUCACAUCACAAAUUCAAGGAUUGGGAACAACAGGCAGCCUGGGAAUGGCCGGUAUGGGCGGUGCAUUUGGGCAGAAGACUGGCAGCAUCGGGAGCUCCCAGCAGGCAGCGCUGGCACAGCAGAAGGCAGCCAGCAGUCUGCGCCAAGACGUUUCGAACGUGUGGCCAGAGAUGAACCAGCAGUUCUCCAAGGAGAUCGACGACGAAGCCAACAGCUACUUCCAGCGCAUCUACAACCACCCGCCCAACCCCACCAUGUCCAUCGACGAGGUCUUAGAGAUGCUGAAGAAGUUUCGGGAUUCCCCCAUCAAAAGAGAAAGGGAUGUAUUCCACUGUAUGCUGCGUAACCUGUACCAGGAGUAUCGGUACUUCCACCAGUACCCCACCCGGGAGCUGCAAAUCACUGCUACUCUGUUCGGUGGACUCAUAGCGGAAGGAAUUGUCUCGUACAUGGCACUAGGCAUAGCCCUGAGGUAUGUGUUGGAGGCCUUGAGGAAACCCCAUGGAAGCAAAAUGUACUACUUCGGCAUAGCUGCUCUGGACCGCUUCAAGACUAGAUUGAAGGACUACCCCCAGUAUUGCCAGCACCUUGCUGCCAUACCACAUUUCCAGGAGUUCCCUGCACAUCUCAUUGAGUACGUAGAGUUUGGCCAGCAGUCGCGGGAACCUCCCAUCAAGAUGGCGGCCCCAUCCACCAGCCCUCCGCUGAGCCUAGGCAAAACGUCGUCCACGAUGGCCACGACUCUAACCACGACCGUAACAACGACUGCCGUCAGCACGGCAUCUGGGGGUGAGUCGCCCUUCAAAGUUACCAGUAAGGUCAGCUCUACGCCACCCCUCAGACCUGGUCAGAGUCCUUCCAUUGCCAAUGCCACAAACAUUGACACCCUGCUGGCAGGAAACGACGCCCAGAACAAGAAGUUAGAACCACCAGAAGUACUUCAGGACAAAGUGGCUUUCAUCUUCAAUAAUCUGUCCCAGUCCAACCUUAACCAGAAGACUGAAGAAUUACGUGAUGCCGUUGGUGAGGAGUACUUACCCUGGGUGUCGCAGUACCUCGUCAUGAAACGGGCCAGCAUCGAGCCCAACUUCCACACCCUGUACUCCAACUUCAUCGACGUGCUGAAGAACCCAGACGUCACCCAGAUGGUCAUCAAGGAAACCUUCCGCAAUAUCAAGGUUCUACUGCAGGCUGACAAAGGAGCUGCCAACUUCUCUGAUCGCUCCCUUCUAAAGAACUUGGGCCACUGGAUGGGCAUGCUGACACUGGCCAAGAACAAGCCCAUUCUGCAGAUAGACAUAGACAUCAAGUCCCUUCUACUGGAGGCCUACCACAAAGGACACCAGGAGCUGCUGUAUGUCGUCCCCUUUGUUGCCAAAGUGCUGGAGUCGUGUUCGAAGAGUAAGGUGUUCAAGCCGCCCAACCCCUGGACUCUCGCCAUCAUGAACGUCCUGUCCGAACUGCACCAGGAGCCGGACCUGAAACUCAACCUCAAGUUCGAGAUAGAAGUACUCUGCAAGACCCUCAAUCUGGACAUCGCUGAUCUGAAACCAGGAAACUACCUGAAAGACAAAGACAAACUGUCUCAGAUUGAGGAGCAACUCUCCGCGCCGAAGAAUGACAAGCCAGUGGAGGAAGUCCAGCAUGUGUCCACCACGGGUAUGCCUUCAGUGACCUCCACUACCACCACCACAACUACCACGGCGGUCCCCACUAUACCACCAGAACCGAAGUUCAGCUUCCACGAUGUGAACACCAUGACAUUCGCAGGCCUGGCCCCACAUAUCUCUAUUAGUAACAAUGUCCCCUUGUUUACGGCCCACCCCCAACUGAAGGCCUGUGUGCGCCCUGCCAUCGAGCGGUCGGUCCAAGAGCUGGUCCAUCCGGUCGUAGAGAGGUCCAUCAAGAUUGCCAUGACAACGUGCGAACAGAUAGUCAAAAAGGACUUUGCCCUUGACCCAGAAGAGGCGCGCAUGCGAGCGGCGGCACACCACAUGGUGCGGUACAUGACGGCAGGGAUGGCAAUGAUCACCUGUCGGGAACCGCUGUACGUCAGCAUCGACAACAACCUCAAGACCAGCUUCCUCACUACACUCAGGGGUGCGACCCAGCAGCAGAAGGAGAUGAUAGAACAGGCAGCUAGCAUGAUCGCCCAGGAGAACGUGGAGCUGGCCUGCGCCUUCAUCCAGAAGUCUGCGGUGGAGAAGGCCAUCCCGGAGAUGGACAAGCGCCUGGCCACGGAGUUCGAGCUACGGAAACACGCCCGGAACGAGGGGCGGCGCUACUGCGAUCCCGUGGUGCUGACCUAUCAGGCCGAGCGCAUGCCGGAACAGAUCAGGCUGAAGGUAGGGGGCGUGACUGCCCAGCAGACUGCGGUGUAUGAGGAGUUCGCCCGACAGAUACCAGGAUUUCUGCCCACCAACGAGGCCAACCAGCCUAGCGGCUUCUUGGCAAAGCCAAUGCCUCCUGCCCUUUCAGCAGUUAACCGUGACCAGGCUGCUACGGAGGAUAAAGAAGCCAGAGAUGGGAUGAAGUCCUUUGCCACGGACGAGAUCACGCAGAUCUACGACCGGAUCAUCAGCGAGCUUGAGCAGCACCUGCACGCGAUCCUGGCGCCGCCCACCAACCAGCAGGUGGCCGCCAUGCACAGCCUGCUGGAGGCCGUCAUCCUCGCCCGCAACUCCCGCGAGAUCGUCACAGCACUCGCCCUCCUGCAGAAGGCUGUGGAGGGCCUGUUGGACGGACUGACCCAGCUGCCCUCUGACCCCGAGCUGGCCCUGCGCUUCAGGGAUGCUCACCUCCUGGUGCUGAAGGGUCUGCAGGACCAACGGGCUUACGGACCCCACUGGACCAACAAGCAAGUCACAAGGGUUCUGUGUGAGUGUCGGGAAGAGCUGAAGUACAACCUGGAGGCUGUGAACUGUCUAGUCCGCGCACGACUCAUCAACAUGCAGCAGUACGACACACAUUUGGCACAGAGUAUGGAGAAUGGUCUGAACUUCAUGGCAGUGACGUUUGCGAUGCAGUUGGUGCGCCUGCACCUGAUCGAUGAGAGGAACAGCUCCGACGUGACGGAGGCUGACCUGUAUAACACCGUGGAAAACCUCGCACGCAUCGCCGCACACUCCAGAAAUGCUCCGGAAGGCCUUGCUGCUCUGGUGGACGUCAUUCGCCAGAACCACGACACCAUCCUGGACCGCGCCCCGGGAGGGCCGACCUCCAUGAUGCAUUCUGGGAUAUCGCAAGCCCGCGAGUACGACGACCCUCCCGGCCUGCAUGAGAAGUCGGAGUACCUGCUCCGCGAGUGGGUCAACAUGUACCACUCGCCGGCAGCAGGACGGGACAGCUCCAAGGCUUUUCAAGUCUUCGUUCAGCAGAUGCAUCAGCAGGGUAUCCUGAAGACCGAUGACCUCAUCACGCGGUUCUUCCGGCUGUGUACAGAGAUGUGCGUGGACCUGUGCUACCGCGCCCUCAGCGAGGCUUCCCACAAUCCCACGCUGCUGCGCGCCAAGUGUUUCCACACGCUGGACGCGUACGUUCGCCUCAUCGCACUCCUGGUGAAGCACAGCGGAGACGCCACCAACACCGUCACCAAGAUCAACCUGCUCAACAAGGUUCUAGGCAUCAUUGUGGGAGUCCUUCUGCAGGACCACGAGGUCCGCGGCACGGACUUCCAGCAGCUUCCGUACCACCGCCUCUUUAUCAUGCUGCUCCUCGAGCUCAACGCGCCCGAGCACGUCCUCGAGUCCAUCAACUUUCAAGUCCUCACAGCCUUUUGCAACACAUUCCACAUCCUGCGUCCAUCCAAGGCGCCAGGGUUCGCCUACGCCUGGCUGGAGCUGGUCUCGCACAGGGUCUUCAUCGCCCGCAUGCUGGCGCUCACGUCCAACCAGAAACUUGGAGUCAACAAGAGUGUGUCCUCGGUUCUCCAAGGCUGGGGCAUGUACGCCCAGCUGCUCAUCGACCUCUUCAAGUUCCUGGCUCCCUUCCUGCGUAAUGUGGAGCUGACCAAGCCAAUGCAGCUGCUAUACAAGGGUACCCUGCGCGUUCUGCUCGUGCUGCUCCACGAUUUCCCAGAGUUCCUGUGUGACUACCACUACAGCUUCGUCGACGUCAUCCCGCCAAACUGCAUCCAGAUGAGGAACCUGAUUCUCAGUGCCUUCCCCCGCAAUAUGCGCCUCCCUGACCCCUUCACACCCAACCUAAAGGUGGACAUGUUGCCAGAGAUUAACCACCCACCCCGCAUCCUCACCAACUUCGCUGCCUUGAUCCAGCCUUCUUCCUUCAAAAAGGACCUGGACACGUACCUGAAGACGCGCGCUCCUGUCACCUUCCUCUCGGACCUGCGCAGCAACCUGCAGGUGUCGACGGAGCCGGGGUUGUGCUACAACAUCUCCCUGAUGAACGCGCUGGUGCUGUAUGUGGGCACCCAGGCCAUCACUUACAUUCACACUAAGGGCAGCACCCCAUCCAUGAACACCAUCACGCACAGCGCGCACAUGGACAUCUUCCAGAACCUCGCCGUCGACCUGGACACAGAAGGCCGCUACCUGUUCCUGAAUGCCAUAGCCAACCAGCUGCGUUACCCCAACAGCCAUACCCACUACUUCAGCUGCACCCUGCUGUACCUCUUCGCAGAGGCCAACUCAGAGGCCAUCCAGGAACAAAUCACUAGGGUACUGUUGGAACGUUUGAUAGUGAACCGACCACACCCGUGGGGCCUGCUCAUCACCUUCAUCGAACUCAUCAAAAACCCAACCUUCAAGUUCUGGAACCACGACUUUGUCCACUGCGCUCCCGAAAUCGAGAAGCUGUUCGAGUCGGUUGCCCGUAGCUGCAUGCAGCAGAAACACCCGCAGCACGUUGAGGCACACGAGUGACGACUUUCCGUCAUCCUCCGAGGAUUACUUAAACCGUUUCCUGAGUUAUUCUUUAAAUACCCAUAGCCGGAUGGAGAUAUUAGACUACUAAAUAGAGUGAUAUGUUGUAAAGAGAUGUGAGAUGAUAAUGAUGUUGUUAGAAUUUUUUGUCUUCAAAUUUCGUUUGUUACAACUUAACCAGACGAAAGGUAAUCGAGGAACAGCAAUGAUGAAGGACUUGUUAAAAAUCUCGUGCUGAAAGGUUCUCUAUGUUUGCUAAAUCCCUGACCGUGUAUAAAGUUCUUGACGUAAUAAACAUGCAGUGUGCAACCAGA